GACGACGGACCCACUGGCGCUUUCCGUCGCGCUUACCAGUUGCUUACUAUCACGAGAGACGAGUCAUCGUCCACUUGCCGUUGCGUUAUUCUUUUACAUUUUAUUUGUAUUAAUCGUAUUAUUAUCGGCGUGUACGUCUCGUUAUUUUUCUCGUACGUGUCGCUGACCGGAAAUGCGUCUUACCAACGAUUAGUGUAAUAAUUGUGCCGGGGCAGUUUAAACAUAAUAUUAAUAUCACGUCCUAUUCCGCGUGCACGGGUGCAGUAGUGAUUUAUACAUAAUAUACGCACACAUUUUUCUCGUGUUCUCUUUCGAUAUCAAACGCGCGCAGGUGCGGGCGGUGCGUAUAAGUAUUAUACGACCGUAUUGGCAAGCGUCGUCGAGAAAACGGUUUAUAGUGCGCGUCGAUCGUCGUUUUAUUAUUUUUUAAUAAUUUGUAAAAGUACUACCCGACGUGAGCGGAUUGUUGAACGGUUCGUUAUAAUUUUCCAGUUAUUCGUCAGUUUUCAAGACAGUCAACGUCGUGGCGUAUACCUAGUAUAUAUCGUUGUAGGUAACACCAAUAACAAGCGGUGAGCGGUCGGCUCGAACACCUGAUUGGAAAUUUAUUGUUUAACUUCUUUGUUAUCAUCUCGCUGUGAUAAAUACAUUUUUUCACAGACGUCGUCAUUUGAAUUUCACACAGCAGGUCUGGCAGACCGGAUCAAUCGCCUUUGAACGCCGCGACACGCCGGACGUUGGUUUUUCGACCGGCGGCCCAUCGGAGGAGAUCGCGCAAGGUCGAACGCCGUCGUCGCUUGCGGGCCGACGCGCCAACGCCGCCGCGGCAUCACUCGUCGCACGCUAUUAUCGUCGCCGUCACCGGCACACCACUCGCCACACGGCAACCACUCGCGCCGGCAGCAGACGGUGCAGUUGGCGUAAUACGCGCAUCACCGCCGCGAUGACGACGACCGCCGCCGCCACCGCCGACGUCCGGUCGUAAUAGAGCAGCGAUAUCGGUAUAGAUAUAUAAAUCACACCUGCGGAAGUGGUGCGGCGGCCGAGAAGACACCGGAAGCACACCGGGUACCGGCAGCAGCGCGCAAUUAUAAUAUAAUAUAGUGACGGGCGAUGGCGUGGACGAUGGACGAGGAAAACUACACGGCCGUGGUGCCCACGUACCUGUCGGGCUUGUUCGACUUCAACGGCACGGCGGACGGCGACAACGAGACGGACGUCAGCGGCUACCUGAACGUGACCACCGAGAUGCCGGUCAAGUACGCCCGGCCCAUGUACGGGUACGUCAUGCCGUUCCUGUUGCUGGUCACCAUCGUGGCCAACACGCUGAUCGUGGUCGUGCUGUCCAAGCGGCACAUGCGCACGCCCACCAACGUGGUGCUCAUGUCCAUGGCCCUGUCCGACAUGUUCACGCUGCUGUUCCCGGCCCCGUGGCUGUUCUACAUGUACACGCUGGGCAACCACUACAAGCCGCUGUCGCCGGUCGAGUCGUGCUACGCUUGGUACGCCAUGAACGAGGUCAUACCCACCAUGUUCCACACCGCUUCCAUCUGGCUCACGCUCGCCCUGGCCGUUCAGAGGUACAUAUACGUGUGUCAUGCACCAGUGGCGAGGACAUGGUGUACAAUGCCGCGAGUCCUCAAGUGCGUCGCCUGGAUAUCGGUAAUGGCAUCAUUACAUCAAUCGACCAGAUUUGUUGACAGAACUUACGAACCGAUCAAGAUAUCAUGGAGAGGACAAGACUCGGUCGUCGUGUGCAGGAUGAAGCACGCAUAUUGGGUUGAACAUUGGGUCACACUAGACGUAUACUUCACGCUGUACUAUGCGUUCCGCGUGAUCUUCGUGCACACCGGCCCAUGCAUAUCUCUCGUCGUGUUAAAUCUUUUACUAUUCAGAGCUAUGAGAGAUGCACAAUUAAAAAGAGACAAAUUAUUCAAAGAGAACAGGAAGAACGAAUGCAAACGUCUUAGAGAUUCUAAUUGCACAACAUUGAUGCUCAUUGUCGUUGUGACGGUUUUCUUAAUGACUGAAAUUCCAUUGGCUGUAGUGACGGUGCUGCACAUAAUAUCGAGCAGCAUCAAAGAAAUACUCGACUAUUCGGUGGCCAACCUGCUGGUGUUGUUUACCAAUUUCUUCAUAAUCGUCAGCUACCCGAUCAACUUCGCCAUCUAUUGCGGCAUGUCCAGGCAGUUCCGGGAAACGUUCAAAGAGCUGUUCAUCAGAGGCUCGGUGCAGAUAAACCGUAAACACGGGGCCGGCGGCAGCUCCCGUUACUCGUUGGUCAACGGACCCAGGACGUGUACCAACGAAUCGCUUUUGUAAAUUCAUCGCGAACGCAUAAUAUUAUUAUAAUAAUAUAAUCUGAUGUUAUCGUGUGCACGCGCACAAGCCAAUUUAAAAACCACUCGUCGGACAAUUAUUAUAUUAAUACCCUACUCGUAUAUAAUAACGAUAACCGGCCAACAUAUACCUAUAGGUAUCCAUACAAAAAAAAACCAAAAAACCAAAAAACCAAAUACCCACUUACAGUCGUUGUACACAAAAUAUUAAUAUAUUAUACACAAUAAUAUUACCUAUUAUACUAUUAGUGCGGAAUGAAUUGGGGAGGGCAUAUAAGAGAAGGUAAUUCCUGCAGCAUUGCAGCACAGUUCGUACCUACUACACAAUAUACGACAUAUAGUAAUGAAAGUUUUCGAAAUCAAAUGGCUGAUACGCACAAACCUUAUAAUCAGAAUUUUUGAGCGUUCAAAAAAGUCCCAUUCCCAGCAGUAUAUACGUAGAAAUGAAAUGUCGAUAUCGCUCAGGCGCGGAUCCGAGGGGGCGAAGGGGCCAUGCCCCCCCCCCGUAGACUCUGCCACACAGGUAAAGUCCAAUAUGUCUGUUUUUGGCAGCCGAUAAAAUACGAUAUGUACAUGGUAUUGCUUCCCCCCCCCGUAAAUAUAUUCUAGAUCCGCACCUGAUAUCGCUUGAACUACCAGUGCACCAUAUACGAUUUGCGUGCAAUAAUAUUUUGAUCUUUAUUUUAAUUGUGUAUUAAUUCACUUCAUCCGAGAGUUUUGUCCUAAACUCGGUUAAUCGCUUCGAAAACUGCACCAAUAAAAAUACGUUUUAAUAAUAAAUUAAUUUAAAUUUGAAUCAAUUCAUUGACUCUUUAAACGAGUACUUAUGUAAUCAAUUUAUUUUUCAAGCUACCGAUAAUGCAAUGAUUACGUUUAUUUUGUUUGUUUUUCGUUUUAUAGCAGUGUGUUAAAUGUAAUUUUAUAAUAUCACAAUAUUAAGUAAAUUAAAAAUAAUCAAACACGAUCAAAAAAAUCGUUGAUUAUUAUUUUUUUUCUAGUAAGAUAAAUUGCUGUACAAACCCUUUUCAUAUAAAAUGUUUUUUUUUUUUUUUUUAAUUAUCUUUAUGGGAUAUUAACAAUUGGCACAAUGUAAGUUAUUUGUCAUUCGAUUUUGUAUUUUUUUUUUUUUUGUUGUUCGAAGCGAGAACAGAUGAAGGGAUUAUUACGUGCAAUUAAUUUUCCUUAAAGCAAUCAAUUUAUGUCAAACAACAUUAUUUAUUUAUUAUUACUUCUUUUUUUUUCUUUUUUGUUAGAACAUAUAGAUUUUUAGGUAUAUUACGUAGGAACCUAUCUCACAAUAUGUUUAUUGAAAAACAUUUUUAACCGUUUUAAAUCAAAAACAAACGUUUGAUUUUAUAAUAUUAAAGUUAAUCAAAAACUACAAAAUAUAUUGUACACAUUCAAUUCAAAUUUACUUUAAUAUAUGCUUAUGCUAUUUAUUUUAAAAAAAAUGUUCAGCUAUCAAAGAAUUAAGACCAUUUUGAUCUUUCAGCAACACGAUUAAACAAUAUAUUAUUAAUAAAAUUCCUAAGAGAGCGUAAUAUUUGAUUUAAAAAAAAAUCAAAGUUUUUUCAUUUAUUUGGUGAAAAGGAUUAAAGUAAAAAUGGGAUUGGUAAAUACUUUAUAUUAUAAUGGCUAUGGUCAUAGUAUUAUCAAAUAUCUAACUCAAUCAUUGCACAAAUUACUAUGCACAAAUGUGUUAUCAUUUUUUUAUAGUUAUAAUUUCCACAUAUCUGUGGACAAAUUGUUCUUAUUGUUGACUUGAAAAAUAUCGUAUUUCUUAUAACGGUGUUUAGGAUAAUAAGGAUAAUAAUAUUAUAUUCAUCUUUGAUUCGACAUAUUAUUGUGCAGUUUAACAUUAUCUUAAAAAAUAAUCAAUCCUGGUUUAUAGAAUAUUUUGAUUAAGUACCUACACAAUUUUUCAAUUACUUCCGAUUUAAUUAUUUGUGAUUUGUUUAUAUAAAUGUACCGUUUAAUUCAAAUAAUUUCAAUAAAUACGACAAACUAUCUUGUGACUAAUGUUAUUGGGUAUUUAUUGUAUUUAGACCAUCUACAAUUUUUAACCAUAACAAAAAUAAUAAAAGUAAUAUAAUAUAACUAUAAACAAACUUAUUAACAAAUAUUAUACUAUUUAUACUAAAUACAUAAGUAUUUGUUCCUAAAUAUUAGAAAUGCCUACUCAAAUACUGGUAUUUUUUCAGAUCGUGUACAAAGGAAUAUUUUUUAUCUCAUAAACAAUAACAGUGUAAAAAAUAUAACAUAUUAGAUUACUUCUCAAUUAGCUCAUUCAAUUGUGAGGCCAAAAGGGUAUAAAUUACAAUACAUUUACAUACUCAAUCAAUGAAAUAUUGAAAUGUUUAAUUACAUUAUAGUAAAAUACUCAUUUUAAAGAUAAUAACUUUAAUUAAAUAUAGAAAUGUGUAGAAAUAUUUAUUUAAAAAUAAUCUCACUGAUAUAAAAUCGAAAACUAAACUAACAAACAAUAAAUUAAUCAUUAUAUAUAAUAUAUAUAUUACAUAGCUUUGUUGUUUCAAACUAGAUAUAAUACUUUGAUUACUUAUUUUACUUAUAAAAUAUAAUUUGCAUUAGAUUAAUCAAUAUUAACUUUAUAUUCAUGUUUUUUAAAAUUAUAAAUUAACUAUAGACACGUAAACACGUUAAAUAAUUGUGUACUUAACAAACAUUUUGAAAUGAUAAAAUGAGGUUUAUAUAGUAAAUAGAUAUCUAAAUAUUUUAAUUUUAUUUACAUUAAAACGAAAAAUGUACUUUCGAUCUUUUUUUAUUUAAUAAAAUACAAAUAAAUGUAAAUAACAAAUGGAAUGUUUUAAAAUUUAACUAAAUUAAAAUAAGUCUUGAAAAAAAAAUGUAUGUGUAUCUCUACUCGUAUGUAUGUAGUGUAAUCUGGUUGAAUUAUGUUAUAUUUUUUAAAAAUUUUCUUCUAAACUUAAAAUCAUAUUUUUUUUAUUAUUAUUUUAGCUUUUAUCGAAAUUGUUUUUGUCUAAAAAAUGUUAGAACCAAAGAACUGUCUUUAUUACAGCAUAUAAGAACAUAUCUUCAACUUUUUGUAAUAUAACAUAAAAAUAUUUUAUUUUAACUUAGACCAUUUCUUGAUCAUAAAUUCAUUUCUAAAAGUUUUUUUAAGCUAAAAAAUUUUAAUUCGAAUUUCAUCGCCGUAAGUUAAACACACAUUUUUAGAAGUAGAAAAUCAAAAAUAAUAUUUUAGUAUAAAAAAAAACGUACUUUCAUACUACAUUUAACUUAACGUCCAUACUAUAAAUACUUUUUUUUUUAAUGUAAAAAUAUGAUAUGUAUGUUUGAAUAAUUUUGUAAAAUAAAUGUACAUAACAAAUAUCAAUCAUAUGUUAAUUGAUUUUCUAUAAAUGAAUGGGUAUUAUGUUUAAAACGUUUUUAGUCGUAUGAAAUGGUAACUAACAACUUUUUUAACGAAAUGGGCUUAUAAAAAUAUGUACACUAAUACACGUAUUAAAUAUAAAAACAUUAUAUUUAGUAACAAAAUAUAUUCUAUCAUAAAAAUUUCGCGUUGAGGAAAUAUCCAAACUAGUUCAAUAUUUAAGUAUACCUAGUAUUACAAGGGCAUAUUUGAGAGGGGCGAAGCGAGCAUUCCCCCCCCCCAUCACUCGUAUUUUUUUCUAUAUAAUACAUUAAUUAUUAAUUUAUUUAAAAAAUUGUCCGUUUGAUAAAGAUCGUAAAUCGUAAUGAUAUCAUACUUAACACAAUAAGAUAUGUACUAAAUACGCCCUUGUAGUAUUAUGAUAAUUUUAACUAUUUAUAAUAGUAAAAAGUAUUUGAUAUUAUUAUAUUACCAUAAUAAGUAUAUUAAUAUUAUAAACACCAUUUUUAAAUAUUUAAUUGUUAUACUUAUAGUUCAUUAUUAAAUAUAUUAUUUGUCAUAAUUAUACAACAUGAUAUUUAGUUUAGUUGCCAGUUGAUAUCAAUAAAAUAUAAUAUAUUAUAA